CCCUCUCAUGUUGGAUGAUGGUAACUCCGCCCUCCCACUCUCCAAAUUCAGCAGACACCUUCCAGUGGAUUCCCUCCAUGUUCCGUAUUAUAUUCAAUCGGUGAGUCCCAUUCCUCUCUCCAUUUUUAACACAUGUAUACUAAUAAAAAUACAGUUUUCAUGCUGCAAGACGAUUUGCCCAUUCUGUAAAAAGUAGGCUUUCUUGUGGCAACAUCUCAACGUUAAAAGUCCCCAAACGUUGAAUCUUUCUUUUUUUUUUUUUUAUAAAAGCUUUAUUUCACUAAAUAUUGUGAACAUGAAUCAUUAUAUAUUUUAGUAGAAUAUUUGCAAAUAACUGAUAAUUAGCACUGGAUAGCAGUCAAGUUGACACGACUUGAAAAUCGGUAGAGUCUAAGUAAAGUUAUCUUUCAGUUGCCAUUGAAAUGUUCUUAAUAGUCCACCCGUAAAAUGUACCGUACAGAAUAGCAAACAGCAGACAUUAUUGACUGAGGAGAACAAAAUGGCUGCACCAAGAGGCUGAGAUCCAGCACAAGAAAGAAAAGAUAAUAAAUAUAAAUAAAGGAAGAGGGGGGUGAGCAUAAUCUUUAAUAUAGAGGGGGCAUAAGGAAUGAAAAACCAAAAGAAAAAAAACAUGACAAGGCUGUGUUAAGUAAAUAAUAUAUUCUAAUAAAAGAAAUUGAUACUGUAGGUCUGGGUAUCCUUGCUCAUAAGCAUGGAAGCUAGCUAAAAUGUCUUACAGCAAUACUUCAUGCACCUUGACCACUUCCCAUCAGCCCGUCCUCUGGGGAGGGAAAGUUGGUUAGCGCGCAAUCCUUUAGAUUUAACACUAAACCCAUUGUACAGCGCUGCAGAAUUUGUUGGCGUUUUAUAAAUAAUUAUAAUAAUAAUAUGUGUUUUUAUGCAUGAGGAUUAUGAGCUAUUGAAAAUGUGUAUAAUAAAUAGCCAACUACAACAAAUAGUUCCACUAGCCGGAUGUUGUAAUUGUACGAUCUGUCUCACUGUAACCCUUACAGCCAUCUGCAGAUCCUGCGUCGUCAGUGGGCACUUCUGCUGUCAAUGCUGGGCCGAUCAUAUCAGACGUGACAGAGUCUACACCCACUAACACAGGAAUUGCACCAGCCACAGCAGAUGGAGAAAGGUAAUGACAUAAUCCAGGAUGGGAUUGUAUUUGGACAAAGUCUUUAAAACAAGGAACACUAUAACGAUAGGAAUCCCUAACACUCUGGUGUGCUAAUUGCAGAUUAGUUUUAGGCCCCCAUUUUCAUUAAAAACCUGGAGGGGGGAGGGUCUUUUUUGCAGACUCCCUCGGCACUGCUGUCUGUUGCACUUCCCGCAAAGCCAUUCUGUUAUCUUGCAUAUUGUCCAAUUCAAUGCUCUUUAGGGAGGAGUGUUGGGGGCUUAUGCGCAUGCACGUCAAACACUGUGUGCAUCAAAAUGCUUCUCAUAGUAAAGCACUGAAUUCACUGCUUUCUUAUGAGCUGCAACAUCACGUGACCUAGUUUUACGUGAUUGUUGCAGUGGAAGUGCCUCUAGUGGCUGUCAAGAUCACAGCCACUACAAGUUGAUUUAUCCCUUUACAUUGCAGUUUCUAAAAACAAAAAGCAACUGCAAUGUUUAACAUUGCAGGGUUAAAAUGACAGGACCUCUGUCCCAGACCACUUCAUUGAGUUGAAGUGGUCUGGGUGUUUUUGGUGGUCAUUUUAAAAGGCUCUAAUUUAAUUAUAGGCACAUCAUAAUUUAUCAUUAUUGAAGCAGUUUUGGUGUCUAGAUAAUCACACCUCCCUGCAUGUGACUUGCACAGCCUUCCUAAACACUUCCUGUAAAGAUUCAGCUAAUGUUUAUACUUCCUUCAUUGCAAAUUCUAUUUAAUUUAAAAUGUAUUAUCCCCUGCACUGUUGAAAGCUUGCUAGACCCCACAGAAGCAUUCUGUGAAUGAUUAAAGUUCACUUUAAAAAGCAGGCAAUAAGAACUUUUAAAGUAAGUUACAUCUAAUUGAAAGUAAAACCAUUUUUUUAUGCAUGGUGUGUGAGUCACUAGGACUGCAUAGACAGAAACAAAAGGGAUUUAACUCCCACUAAAUUGCAGAGAUUUGAACAGUGAGACUGCAGGAUCAUGAUCUAUAUACUAAAACUGCUUCCCUCAGCUAAAGUUGUUUUGGUGACUAUAGUGUCCCUUUAACAUAGCCAUUAGGUGGUUUCUGAAUGCCUGAUACCUCUGAUACCCCUUAAAGGCGUUGAAGCAGCACUGUCACCUCCCUCCCCCCCAUACAAAUGUGUACUUUAUAAAUAUUGAAUCUUUACAAAAUACUCAUAUUGACUCUAUUGGAGUUUCACUAAAACUCCAACCUAUUUAAGAGAUAUAUUGAGGCAAAGUAGGGACUACAACUACUUUGUCUCAGUGUAUUUCCAAUGCCUGACAGUUCUAGACACUAAGGGAGUCUCCUGCCAUCUUGAAAUGUCAAUCCCUAAAUUCUGCAAAGUCCCAAGAUGGCGACAGUGCCACUUUAAGAAGAGCAGGUUAAUAAAAAUGUUAGCAGAGUUCAAUGUUUAGAUUCUUGCUAAGCUUCUUCUACUUUAUUAUUUAAAGUGCAAAGUGUAUUUAUCACUUUUAUGAUGGGUCUGAGUAAAAUUUGUAAAAUUUUGAUAAUUAGCAUGAAAAGUAUAUGUUUGUUGCUUUUUUUUUUCAUGAAGGAGUAAAUGCCUUCUACUGAUUAAAGAAGAGCCCAUUAGUCCAGGAAUGAAGGGAUCCACGGAGGCGGAUAUGUCUUUGAGCAAUUGCGGUGCUUGCUCAGAUCCUCCUGUCCUUCCAGUUGCAAUGGUCCAGUCUAUAUUGGAAGGGAAGGAAAGCUGCAAUACCCCACAGCCCUCUGGGUCACAGCAAUUGGAGGGACAAGGGCAAAGGAACCCAAUGGAAAGGUGAGUAGAAGGAUCUGAAGGUGAGAGUCACUACUUUAACAAAUACGUCAGACUUUUAAUGACCAUAUUCUGUCUACAUUUGUUCAUCUUCUCAGGCCUGAGCUCUCGGAUACUUUGGAUAGCACUGAUGUCAGUUUGGAGGGUCUCCAGUUGCUAUUGAGAAGUCAACAUUACAAUUUGGACUCUGCUGCUGUUCUGGAUGUGAGUAUUCUAUCUGCAUUAAAAUGACUUAUAGGUUUAUUCUCUAAGUCCUGAGAUGCGUUGAGUGAAACCGAGAUUCGAUUCAUCAUCAAAAUGUAAGCGUUAUUAUCAUGGACAUUCCUACAGUCUGACUGUGCUGCUUGGUAGGUGUAUGUCCUCAACAAUUAACACUUUCUGUAGCUUGUAUCAGGACAAAUGGACCUGAUCUGAGGUGGACGUGUGGAAGACUAACACAUGAUGUGGAAACAUUUUCUACAGAAAGGGAAGUAGCUACAUGAAAGAGACUUCCAGUGGAAGGGGUAAUAAAUAACAACUGAAAGGACUAAAUACCCAUAAAGCACCUGGCACCAUCCUAAAAAAGUAGUCAAACAAUGCCUCUGACCUGGUUCCCUCUCCAGAUAUAACUAAAGCCCCAUAAUAGAAUACCAAUUUUGUCUGUAUUUUGAUGGAAUUCUCAGUCAAUAAAUAGAAUGAAUUUAGAUGUAGGAAUUUGCACUUUUUUGAUAUAUUGGAUGUGGGAACUGAAGCAGAACCCAGAGGAUGCAAGUAAGUGUCAAACAGUUUGAAAGCAGUUACCUUAUUGUGGGGUGGAGUCAGAAGACUCCUGGCACUAUAACGACUUCAGCAUCCUGUUUGGAGUUAUGGUUCUUAUAAACAAAGUAAAAAAAAAAAAAUCAAGCGGUACCAUUGUGAUUAAAAUUGUGUAAAUGUAAUUGCAUUUUAUGUAAUUGUGAAUGCAAUUUUUUUUAGAUAUAAUCAAUACAAACCAUGAAGAUGGUUUCAUCUUUUAUUUAUUAAUAUUGUUUUAGGUGUUCAGUGCUGGUCUAUGUGUUAGUGAGUGGAACCUUCCAACGAUGGACACGAGCCUAUCACCGGUAAGAACAUAUCCAGUACUGUGUCUGUUUCACAUAAACACUUGUAGAUGCAUGGUAUAGCCAUUUUUAAAAUUCUACAAUUAACAAAUAACAUUUGAAGAGCAAAUGUAAGGCAAACAUAGCUAUAGUCACUGCCUGCUUAUUUUGGUCUGAAUUUUGUCAUUUGGAUUUUGCUGGAGUUAUGAAAUUAUUCCUGUUACUUACAGAUGUUUUAACUAAACAGUGAAUUGAAAACUGAAAUUUAAAAUUCAGACUAAAAUAGCCAUGGUGUGACUAUACUUGAGCAGGAGAAAUUUUCCAAAUCAGUUAUUUAGGAAAUACAUUUUGCAGAUGGUCAUUCACUAAAAUUCUCAUUUUAGUUAUUAACUACCGUAAUGUGGAGGCGGAUUUAAUGAUAAUUCAAAUUAUAAUUUAUGCCUGCUCACCUCUUAGUUCAUCUCUGAGAAGGACUUGCACAGGACCAGACCUAUAGUGGACUGAACGGCAGUCAGGUUUAUGUGGCCAGGGUCAUCUCCCCUCUCCCCCCCUUCCAUAAAAAAAAAAUACAGCUGUAUGUUUGAAACUAUAUUGAUUGAUUUAAAUAAAUAAAUAAAUACUUGUUACUCUCGCAAGCUAAAGUGAUUUUGGUGCUUAGAAUGACACUUUCAUAUAGUAUAGGUACUAUCAUUAGUAUACACAAGAUGUAGUUUCUACAUUAUCAUUGCCUUUUUUUGUUUUCUUUUGUUUUGCAGCAACUUCCAGGAGAUUUGGAGAAGAAUGUAGCUGAGUUGCCCUCAAAGUGCCUUAAUCCAUCGUUCAGCUCCUCCUGCCAAGGUAGCCAGAUAGAGGAGAUAAACGGCAAGUGCGCUAAUUUUCAAUUGCCAGUUACUCUCCAAAUUGUGAAUAAUUAUUAUAUUUGGACAAUAUUUCACUUAUCAUACUGCUAAGAUACAUUUAAAUUGUCCAAAUUACUAUAAUAAGGGCAAGGCAGUCUCUGUGUGCGAAAUAUAGAAGUAACAUCUCCCAGUGUCAUCAUUUAAUGUUAAAGUUGUAACUUGUUGAUGUAAAAGAAUCAACCUAUCACUGUAACACUUAUUUAAGACUAAUUGUGACUGUCACUGUCAUAAAUGGCUUUGAAUACAUAAAAAGUAUGGUUUGUGCAUGGAAUCAAUGUGAAUGCGUUGAGAAUGUAUCCCUGUGUGCAUAUCUCGAGGGCUGCACCGUUCCUGUGGAACUUGCUUCCCUCCUCCGUUAGAUGCUCACCCAGUCUCCACUCCUUCAAAAAAAUGUUAAAAACCCACUUCUUCAUAAAAGCAUAUCAAUUAAACUGUUAAUAGCUCCUGACUGAUUCCUCUCUUGCAACUGUCACUAGUCUGAUAAUUCUUUAGCUUUUUGUGUCAUUUUACCCCACUCCCUCUAGCAUGUAAGCUCAUUGAGCAGGGCCCUCAACCCCUCUGUUCCUCUGUGUCCAACUUGUCUGGUUACAACUACAUGUCUGUUUGUCCACCCAUUGUAAAGCACUGCGGAAUUUGAUGGCGCUAUAUAAAUAACAUAAUAAUAAUAAUAUCCCUGCGUAUUGUGUGUGCAUCAAUGUGUAUCAGAGCUUCUGUGUGCAGACUGUCAGUAGAUGUCAUUGCUCUUGUAUGUGCAUAAUGCGUUGCUCUUUGGCAGAUCCUUCUAGAUAAUACUGGCUCUUGUAAGGUUAUGGUUAGCGUAUGACCACAUAAUACCCAUCUGAAUCCAGGAUAGGCUUUACGGUGAAGAACAAAAGACAGAUCAUUUUCCUCUUUCUGUUGUCCGUGUAUAAUAUGGUGUAACUUUGGUCAAACUGGAGCAUUGUUCCCAUGUCAUCUUGUAAAGAAAAUGCUCAUUCCUUUCAGUAAUAAUUUAAAAACCAGUUUAACAUGUCUAACUGCCUUCAUAUCAGUUAGCUAAUCAACAUUAGUAAUCACUGUCAAGGUUAAUUACUAAAGUAUAAUUGUUGGUAGGUCAAAGGGACUUUCAAAGGCUAGUUUAUUAUUUGAAAUUCACUUUGAAAUGACAUCAAAAGUUAUUCGCUAAUUAUUGCAUUUUGGCAUAUUAAAACUGAAUGGCUACAUUCAGGCUAAAGUAAUCAAACUGUAAUCAUAGCUGAUUUGCUUGAUUUUCCAGAUCAACUAGUUUAGCCUGAGUUUUGCUUAUUUCCACAACAGCCACUGUGACACCAUGCCACUAUACAGUAUUGGAAUCGCAGUAAAAUUAAAGCAUAGAUUGAUUGCAUAAUUCUCCCUAAAUUUCUCCAAGGGUUUUACCUGCUUCCUCUGAUUAUUUUUUAAUAGAAUGAAGAUAUGGUUAAUAUCUCUCAGCUUAGAAUAACACUUUCUGGUUAAUAUCAUAGUUCCAUGGAAAAAAUAAUGCAAAAUUUGCCAGUAUAAAAUACUAUUAACCUGGCUUUGUUCUGAUCCUUACAAGGAAUAAGGUUUAAAUAAAAGUGGCAACAUAACAGGUGUUCAGUUAGUUUAACGGUUCUUAAACUUAUUUUUGGCAGUCUCUAAUUAUGAACAUGGCAUUAGCUUGGCAAACUACUUUUCAAUUGUAAAGUUCCCUGAGUGACCUUUUAUCAAUUGUACUACAAUUAAUAGUAAUACGUCCUUAAUGCACAUUUUGUGUACAGUUGAACAAGAUCAUUAUACAGUUAAAAAAAAAAUUCAUUGACUGCUCUCCAGACUAUUACUAGAGAGUAAAAUGUUAUUUUGGGCCUGGUUUAUUAAAUUCACAUUUUGAAAGAAACGUUGAGUUCACAAAAUGUAAAAGUAGAUUUGUCAAGUUGUUUCUUGUUUUUUUUUUUUUUUUUGAUGAAUAAAAAUAAAUAUCCACAGUGACUAAAAACACCUUAAAAAAACAAACAAAAAAACAAGUGCAUGCCCCAACAAAUUGAGUUGUGUACCUCUAUAAUAACGCAUUGUUUUGUAAUCUGUUGACUACUGCCGUCACUGGUCCUUCACCAACAUAUGUGACAUAUUAACUAUCUUUUUGUAACCCUUUUGAUUUAGGAAAAGAUUCAGACCUUGAACAUUCUGCGUCUUUCCUGUCUGAAGACAUUGUGAAUCUUACUGGUUCCUCCAGUCUCUUUGCUUCUGAUGACGGUGUGGUUUCUUACCUCUCCACGGGGGUCAUUCCCGGAGAUGCCUCCCUGAGCCUGCAACCUACAGAGGAGAGGGACGAGUGA